AUGCUUAACUCUUCCACUAACCUACAGGCAAAUUGGCACCAGGCAUCCGAUCACUGCAAAUCCAGCGGAAUGGAGCUGGUUUCGAUAACCAAUCAGGCAGACUACAAUCAACUGACGGCAUUCGUUGCACGGGAGCUAAACUGUACAGUGCUUUGUGCGGUGUGGAUCGGUGCCAACGAUUUGGGCAGUGAAGGAACAUUCACUUGGACGGCCACCGGUAGAAGGGUUGGGUUUACCUACUGGAAAUCGAACCAACCGGACAACAAACAUGGGGAACUGGAGGAGCACUGCGUUGAAGUUCUGCACCAUCCGAAGGAUAAUUUUCUAUGGCAGUGGAACGAUAGCGUGUGCAAGCAUGAGAAGUAUUUCGUUUGCGAGAGAGUGAAUAACUGUAUACAGGAGUUUAGUUGA